CCUAUAUACACAUCUAUUCCAAGACUCUCCCCAAACACACACUGUUCACUUCUGCACUUUGCAUUUAGCCCUCCCUUCUCUCUCUCUCUCUCUCUCACACACACACACACACACACUAAACACAAAGAAAACUCAGUCGUUUACUCAGAAGAAAAACACAUCCAUUCAUGCAGACAUGAAAACGGAUCUUCAAAAACUACCCUUCAUCCUCAAACCUUUCAUCCUCUCCAUCUUCCUCUCCCUACCCUUCUUAGCCUUUCUCUCCCUCCAAACCACACGUCCAGCUCUCCACAAAACCACCACAACCACACCCGAAAACCUCCCUUCAGAUCUCAAGAUCCGACCCGGCUACUCCUCCUACGAUGAAUACCUCCAACGCCAGCUCAACAAGACCCUCAACCCCAAACUCCGACAAAUAUGGACCACCCGCGACUGGACCCGAAAGGUCAAGGUCUUCUCCCAGUUUUUCGAGAGUCUGAAGCAGAGACAACUCUUGUUUAACGGGUCAAAAUCUCUAUGCAUUGGCGCUCGGGUGGGGCAAGAAGUAGCUGCCCUGAAACGGGUGGGAGUCCAUGACUCCGUGGGAAUCGAUCUAGUGCCCUAUCCUCCACUUGUCCUGAAGGGCGACUUCCAUCAUCAGCCGUUCAAUGAUGAGACCUUUGAUUUCGAGUUCUCAAACGUGUUUGACCACGCGCUUUAUCCAUGGAAAUUCGUGGGGGAGAUCGAACGGACGUUGAAGCGGGGAGGGGUUUGCGUGUUACACGUGUUGCUAUCUCGACGGGCGGAUAAGUACUCGGCCAAUGAUCUGUACAGUGUGAAGCCAUUACAGGAACUGUUCAAGAACUCGGAGCUGGUUGAGGUAACAAGUAUUGAUGGAUUUGGGCUGGACACUGAGGUUGUCUUUAGGAAAAAAAAUUAAUUAAAAUUAAAAAUAUAUAUAUAUAUAUAUUUUCUGUUAUUUGAUGAUCACAAAGAAUUCAUAGAAGGGUAUUCUUGAAAUUUGACACUCAUUAUUCUUUGAUUUAAUUUUAAUAUUUUCAAGAUUAUUGUAUCCAAGGUUUCAAAUAUAUGUUUGUACAACUAUAUUGGUUCUUCUUUCAACUUUGAUUUAUUUCUUGCUUUUAAAUGGAGUCGAGCUUGACUGUAC